GGGAGAACUACGUACCUGUAUUUUUUCACAACGCUCAUCGCUCUUUGUUUUACUCGACGUCGAUUGUCUUUAGUAAAGUAUGUCUAUUCUACCAUGACGAUGAUUGCGUGUGUGUGUAUGAAGCUCUGUUUGGUGUGGCAAAUACACAGAAAAAACAACAACAACGAUAAACAACAACCAAAACUGGGUUGUUGGAACGAGAAAAACGAAACUUUGCCCGAGAAGUUUCGCGUUUUGCGUUUUGUGCGAUUUUACUCGUUUGGGGAAUAAUGUUGGACAAAUGGGACACAAGCUGAUGGGCUCCAGUGUGUGUUUAGAAGACCAAUUACGCAUCAAACGAGCUUGCUUACACACAUACGCACCUGUCUUUGAAGAGUCUGGGGUACAAUGAGGAUGUGGUUUACUAACGAUUUGUAAACAGGAAUAGUUUCAAAUGUCUGAAAUAACAGAUCCAAAGCUCACUGGUGAGGGACAAGAUGAACUUGUUGACCAGUCAAUCAACCAAGGCUCAGGCCCGGCUGAUGACCUGGAAGAUGACGACGAUAAGCCAACCACCAGGGAGAGAAGAAAAAUUGAGAUCAGAUUUAUCCAGGAUAAGUCUAGACGUCAUAUCACCUUUUCCAAGAGAAAAGCCGGUAUUAUGAAGAAAGCUUACGAGUUGUCUGUUCUCACAGGUACCCAAGUUCUUCUCUUGGUUGUUUCCGAGACUGGUCUGGUUUACACCUUCACCACUCCAAAGCUUCAACCGUUGGUUACCAAACCUGAGGGGAAGAACUUGAUCCAAGCUUGUUUGAACGCACCUGAAGAGUCUGGCGAGGAUGAGGAGGCUUCAACCCCAACUGCCGGCCAAGGCAACAAUGUACCACAGCAACAAGCCACCCCACAGCACUCAGCUCAAGCCCAACAGGCCCAGCAGUCGCAACAGAGCACCUCUAGACCCCCAGCUGGUUCUGGCGGUUACCAACAACAACCAGGAUUACAAAACAUUCCAGGUAAUGCUAACUAUUUGAACCCAGAACAAACAGCAGUCUACCAAACCUACUUUGGUGGAAUCAACCAAGGGAACCAAUAUUGAGCUAUAGGUGUGAUUUAUUGGUUCUAUACUUGGGCUUUUGUUCUUUUUGACUAGUGUUCUGUUGGUUAUAUGUUGGUUAUAUGGGGGAUUCACAUGAGGAGGGUAUUAUCCUUCCAUCAUCUUCUCUCUCUUUUUUUUACAUCUAAAUAUCCGUACUUUGGGUUUGGUCGUUACUGAAGCUGCACUGCUGUUCGUCUUUCCCUGAUCUAAUAUGUUAUUGCAAUUGAUUGAAGCACAUUUUGGCCUCAAGAUUGUGGUGUUUACUCAAGCAAUUACUCGUCUCCUUCGUUAUUUCUUUUAUUUGAGCUGUUACUUCUUCCUUUUUUUUGUUCUCUCUAUCUCUCUUCCAUCUACAACUGCUAUUGACCACCAACUGUGGCAAAGGCAUUGUUUAUUGGGAUAUGGAUUGUAUAAUAAAUCUGACAUUGUUUCUAAUCUCCAA